AUGGCCAACUUGGGGCAGCACGAGUUCUACGAGUACUGGAUCUUGGAGGUCGGCCCCAUCUGGGUGCGGAGCGAGCCGUGCCACGAGAAGGGCGAGCGCGUCGGCCACGAAAAGCAGGGCACCUACGUCGCCUCGGCGCGGCGCGUGGGCAACUGGGUCGAGCUCGUGGGCAGGUACCGCGACGCGGACAACCGGCCCUGCGGCGGCUGGAUGAUGGUCGACGGCCGCGACAAGGGCCUCGGGCUGCUGCUGCGGCGCCUCGACGGCGCCGAGGCCGUCGCCGCGAAGCUCCAGCAGGUGAAGCGCGACGCGCUCGCCGACGCGCUCUCGCCCGCGAACCAGGAGCGCUACGACGUGCGGGCCGAGAUCGAGGCGGCGCGCGCGGGCGGCGACAGCGACAGCGACGACGACGCCGACGAGCUCCGCGCGGGCCUCGGCGGCUUCGCGCCGGACGCGUGGGCGCGGCGGCCGAUCCUAUUCGUCGGCGGGCUCCAUCGAUCCGGCACGACGACCUUCACGUCGCUGCUCAACGAGUCGCCGCUCGUCGCCGGCUUCCGCGACACGGACGCGCCCGAGGACGAGGGCCAGCACCUCCAGGACGUCGUGCCGACGGACGAGUCCUUCGGCGGCGUCGGCCGCUUCGCGCUCGAGGAGUCGUUCCACUGGACGGAGGACACCGCGCGGCCCGAGCCGCGCGCGUCGGCGCCGAAGCUCCUCGAGGCCUGGGACGCGCACUGGACGUCGGGCCUGCCCGCGAAGAAGCGCCGCGCGCGCGUGCCCGUGCUGCUCGAGAAGUCGCCCGCGAAUCUCGUACACUUGCGCUGGCUCCGCGCGGCCUUCGGCGCGCGCGCGCGCUUCGUCGUCAUGGCCCGCCACCCGCUCGCCGUCGCCUUUGCGACGCGCAAGUUCAUGCAGCAGCGCGCGGCCCGCGUCUUCCUAUGGUGCUACAAGCGCAUCGCGGACGCGGAGCCCACGGACGAGCCGCCGCCGCCGCUGCGCGACUGCCUCGCGAACUGGGUCGAGGCCAUGGAGCUCUUCACGGCCGACGACGAGCUGCUGGGCCGGCCGACGCGCGUCGUGCGCCUCGACGAGUUUAGGGACGACCCGCGCGCGGCCGUCGCGGCCGUCGAGGCCGCGUGCCUCGGGGGCGCGUCGCUGCGCGUGCCCCUGGCGGCCUACGAGAAGGUGUCGAAGCGGGACGCCGACGAGGUCUACCGGGCCCAGUGGCGCGACUGGCCCUGGGAGGACCACGAGGCGCGGAUCCCGGGCCGCGUCGCGGAGAACGUCCGCGACCGGCCGCGGGACGACGACGACGAGGGCUGCGCCGACGACGACGACGCGCCGCCGGCGCCGGCGCCGGCGACGUCGUCGCGGCGCGCCGCGGCGAGCCAGCUGCCCCUCAAGGAGGCCGACUGGGAGGAGAUCUGCUGGCUCCAGGACGAGAUCGGCGCGUCGACGAUCAUCGCCGAGUUCGGCGACGCCUUCGAGAACAAGUGGGACACCCUCGACGACGACUCCGACGACGAGGCGGCGACGGUCGUCGUCCGCGACGAGCCGGCGCCCGCGGGCGCCGACGCGGAGAUCCGCCGGGCCUGGCCGACGCUCGACAAGGCCCAGCGCGCGAGCGUCAAGGCCUUCCUCGCGGAGAACGAGCUCGCGCUGGCCUACGCCAAACAAGCACUCGAGCCGCGGCUCUUCCGCGCGGACGAGCACCGGCGCUGGAUCCGCCCGGAGCUCCUCGCGGUCGCCGACGCGUGGCGCCGCGACGCGCGCGCGGGCUUCGCGGGCGUCGACGCGCUCUGCAGGGUGGAAGCCCCCGGCGUCGUGUCCUUCCCGGCCCUCACGGACGACUUCUGCGACGCGCUCGUCCGCGAGGUCGACCACUACCGGCGGAGCGGCCUCCCGAGCCGGAACCCGAACAGCAUGAACCAGUACGGCCUCAUCCUGAACGACGUCGGCAUGCGCGGCACGUUCUCCGCCUUCUUGAAGUACGUGCUCCUGCCCGUGGGCGCGCGGCUCUUCGGCGACGACCGCGACCGGUCGCGCGCCGUCGGCGGCGAGGCCCACGCGGGCGAGGACUGGGGCGGCUCGUCCCUCGACGACCACCACACCUUCGUCGUGCAGUACGCCAAGGGCCGCGACAUCCAUUUAGACAUGCACAUCGACGAGUGCGACGUCACGUUCAACUUCGGGCUCACGGACGCGGCGCGCUUCGCAGGCAACGACCUCACGUUCUGCGGCAUGUACUACGCGGAGACCCACCGGCGCCGCAGCGCGACCUACAAGCACGCGCGGGGCCGCUGCGUCGUCCACAGCGGCAAGCGGCGCCACGGCGCGCUCGACAUCGAGGACGGUGAGCGCGCGUCGCUGAUCAUGUGGACCAAGUCUUCCGCGUUCCGCGCGACGGCGGAGUACGCGCGGCGCAACGUGCGGGCCCUGAACCAUAGCGGCGGAGCGGACCGGGUCUGCCUGAGCUACUCGCACGACCCGGACUACAAGCGCCUCAUGCCGAAGGGGCUGCAGUACUCCAUGGUCGACGACGGCCCGCUCGCGACGGCCGCGCCGCCGCCGCCGACGCGCAAGGCCUGGCGCACGGUCUGCGACGAGGCCAAGCUGAAGAACGACCAGUCGCGGCGCCUCGUGCUCGAGGCGGAGAACGAGCAGGUCGUCGUCUUCCGCCACCGCCGGAAGCUUUUUGCUAUUGACAACCGGUGCGCGCACCAGGGCGGGAACCUCUGCGCGGGCGACGUCGAGGACCUGGGCACCGUAAUGCGCCACCGGACCAAGGCGCCGCCGAAGUCCGUGAACGCGUGCCUCGAGGACGGCGUCGUGCGCUGCCCGCGCCACGGCCUCUGCUUCAACAUCCGGACGGGCGAGUACGUCGACGACCCCGACUCCGGGACCCUGCGCCAGCGGGUCUUCCCCGUGCGGUCCAAGGACGGCAAGAUCCAGGUCCAGGUCGACGUGCUCCGCAAGGACGGCGACGCGGCCGCGCCGCCGCCGCCGCCCGCCGCGGGCUCCUUCCGGGACUUCCUAAAGAGCCGCGCUUAGGUGUCGGGGUCGAAGGCGAGGGGGUCCUCGAGGUCGUCGAGGAACGUCUUCGCCUCCGUGAACGUCGCCGGCGCGCGGUCGAGCCAGAGCUGGACCGUGAGCCGCCGCCGUGUGCCCGCGUUCGGCCGGAUCUCGUGCUUCACGAGCCGCGAGAGGAACACGACGAGGCGCCCCGCGACGGGCGAUAUCUCGACGCGCGCGCCGCCGGGCUUCUCGACGCUCAGCGCGCCGCCGUCGGCCUCGGUCCAGCCCGGGUUCGCGUAGAGGAGCAGCGUGACCUCCCGGUCGUUGGAGAGCUCGUCGGCGAACCAGUCGUAGUGCGACCGGUAGCUGACGCCCGGCGGGUACGCCGCGGCCAUGGAGUCCGGCGGCACCGCGAGUUUGAGAUGUGGCAAGACCUGUUCGAGCUCGUAGGCGCAGCCCGCGAGGAGCGCCAUGGCGCGCCGCGCCGCCGCGCGCCGCGCCGCCGCGCGCUCGCCGUCGGGAGCGUUCAUCGCGGCGACGCUCACGAGCACGUUCCGCGUGAAGACGCCCGGGUUGCAGGGGUCGCGCUUCGGUGCGCCCCACGCGCCCGCGUCGAGCUCGGCGUCGAACAAAUCCCGCAGCGCCGCGGCGUCGCCCGCCGCGAGGGCGCCGUCCAUGACGUAGAAGCCGUCGCGGCGGAGCGCGUUCGCGACGCGCGUCGGUCCCGCCUGGGCAGCAAAAGGGUGAUUCAACGUCGCUUCAACGUGAGUGUUCCGCGCGCGCGCGUUUCCG